AUGUUUGGAACGCGCUCGGCCUUGAAGGCGUCCUCGUCAGGCCGCUGGCUGGCGCGGCAAGCUCGAGAUCCGUUCGUGCGGGCGCGCAAUGCGGCGCAAGCUUCUCUUGACUUCGAUGAAGACACUGAGGCCCUUGGCAUAGCGAGCGAGCCCCUCCGCGCACGCUCCGGGUUCAAGAUUCAGGAGCUCGACGCGAAGUAUCGGAUAUUACGGGGCAACGUUGUCGAUCUGGGCGCGGCACCUGGCGGGUGGAGUCAAGUUGCAGCCCGUUCGAAGCGCGUGAAGAAGGUUGUCGCUGUCGACCUACUCCCCAUCGACCCCAUGUCUGGGGUGAAGACACUGCAGGGUGACUUCCUCACACCCGAGGUGCAGAAGGCGGUCCGGGAUCUGCUGAGACCAGGGGAUGGGCCGACGCCGUCCAAUAAAGAGAAGAAUACUGCGGAAGCCGCUGCAACGCCUCUCUCCAAAUCUGAAACUCCGCUAUUGGACUCGUCCGGUCUCUCCAGAGGAGAGCAGGAGGCAAAGGCUGAUGAGUCGGAGAAGACCGCGGAGGGGCGCCGCACUCCUCAGCCCAAACCCGCCAAAGCCGACACCGUGCUAUCGGACAUGAUGGCGGCAAUGUCGGGAGUGAAGGCUCGAGACACACAGGCAUCGCUCGAUCUCGUUGAGGCGGCCACCGAGUUUGCCCAUUCAGUCCUUAAGCCGGGAGGCGCAAUGGCGUAA